AUGGAAAAUAUAAAAUUAGGAUUUAUGGGUCUUGGCCAAAUGGGAUCUGCAUUAGCCCAUGGAAUAGCAAAUGCAAAUAUUAUAAAGAAGGAAAAUUUAUUUUAUUAUGGACCAUCUAAAAAAAAUAGUACCUUGAAUUAUAUGAGUUCCAAUGAAGAACUCGCACGCCAUUGUGAUAUAAUUGUAUGUGCUGUAAAACCCGAUAUAGCUGGUUCUGUGUUAAAUAAUAUUAAGCCCUAUUUAUCAUCCAAAUUGUUAAUAUCAAUAUGCGGUGGAUUAAACAUUGGAAAACUAGAACAGAUGGUAGGAAGUGAAAACAAAAUCGUGUGGGUUAUGCCCAAUACACCAUGUUUAGUAGGUGAAGGAUCUUUUAUAUAUUGUUCCAAUAAAAAUGUAAAUUCUACUGAUAAAAAAUAUGUGAAUGAUAUUUUUAAUUCAUGUGGAAUUAUUCAUGAAAUAAAAGAAAAAGAUAUGGAUAUAGCAACAGCUAUUUCUGGUUGUGGACCUGCAUAUGUUUAUUUAUUUAUUGAAAGUUUAAUUGAUGCUGGAGUAAAAAAUGGAUUGUCUAGAGAAUUAUCAAAAAAUCUAGUUUUACAAACAAUUAAAGGUUCAGUUGAAAUGGUCAAAAAAUCAGAUCAACCUGUUCAACAACUGAAAGAUAAUAUUGUUUCACCUGGAGGAAUAACAGCUGUAGGGUUAUAUUCUUUGGAAAAAAAUUCUUUUAAAUAUACAGUAAUGAAUGCCGUUGAAGCUGCUUGUGAAAAAUCUAAAUCUAUGGGUAGUAAAUAA